AGAAAGAUUUCAGUGCGUUCUGCGCAAGGAAUUUGUGGCGAUAUUGGAGCAAAGAUAAAGCUAAUCGUUAAUUUGUCUGUAUCUGCUAUCAACGGGUUCAGAACUUGACGCCUUUUGGAAUUCGUGAUACUGCGACUCUAAAUUUGAGUCGGAAAUCCAUAAACCGUUAAAAAAGAAGUAGAAGCAAAGGUAGAGAGAGAAAAGAGAAUUUGAAAAGGAAAACAGUCUAAAUCGGGUGGUUAUGUUGAAGAGAGAUAAUUUUACCACGCGACUGAUUCCGGGGAUUCGGUCAGCUCGGAGGGGAUGGUCUUGAGGGUCGCCACGAAAUGAGAAGAGAGGAGACAGAGAGAUCGCGACCAGUCUUCUAAGUAGACAUUAAUAUUAAGAUUCUGAUAAUCGUGAUUCGGCUGCAAUUUGGAGGACUGUGGCAGAAAAAAGUGUAGCUUCGAGGAGAUAGGACCGUUCCAGAGUAAAGCCAGCGAAUAUUCACCUCCAAGAUCAGUUAGGACGCAGGCGAGUCGGAUGGCGAAAAAGCGAUCACCAAGUCGGACCGUUUGCAAACGAGAAAUGGAGCAAAAUGUGCUGGCACGCUAAGAGACGGAGCAUAGUUUGAAAGAAACAUCCCAAAAGUGUCGACGCAGCCCACCUCCUGGCGGAUCUCUGAAUCUGUUUCUUCAUCUCUCAGGUCAAUUCACUAUUUAUUAUAUUUAUAAUUGCGCAUAUAAGACUUAUAUCUAUUCGAGAGCUGUUCUAACACGUCAGUUACUACAAAGCAUUAUGGAAAAGUAACGCAAAGAUGGCGAAUUAGAACUUGUUGUAAUGAGAGGAACGAGCGGUUAUUUCCGUUAUUUGAAAUAGUGUUGAAUAUUUACAUAUACAUAUAUGUAUAUAUAAUCAUAUAAUCUAUCUGAGUAAUGUUACUUGACGAUUUCUUGCGGAUGUCCAUCUAUCGAUUUCAUAUCGUUAUCUCUCAGAACUGUUACAAAUUUUAAUGCAGUUAGUUAUUACACUCGUUUGCAACGUAUCGAUUAGCAAGAAAGUAUAAAGCAAAAAUGGAGGAAACAAUACAUGUGCCAGACAAUCCGCCCUCGAUAGAGCACAUCUUACGUCCAAUUUCGUACAUUUCCUGGCUUAUGGGUGUCGGCGUUGCACAUCCGCGAAGGUGUCCCAAGGUUAUAACUAUAAUCAUACGUAUUGUUCACUUGGCCAUGUAUUUUUAUGUCUUGGUAAACUUUAUAGUUAUCGUCAGAAAAAUCAGUUUUAAUGUAUUAACUAUUCAAAUUCUGUUUUCGGGGAGCAUAAGCAGCGUAAUUAGUUAUGUGUCAGGGUGUUACUACAUUUAUUAUGGAAUCAGUCAAUACAACAAGUGGCCGGAGCUGAUGGACAGAAUGAAGAAACUCGAUCAGAAGAUAAGGAAAGAAAUAUCAAUGGAUGACCAGCCCGCAAAAAACUUUCAAGCGAUAGCAAUUCUCGCAGUUUUUGCUUGGUUUCCUUUGUACCCGAUUAUAUGCACAUUGUAUACGCACUUAUAUUCAUCGCCCUUUUCUAUAAAGUGGUGGAAUGUCUACAUAAAAGCCCAGUCGUGGGUCAAUAGUUUUGUUUUCGACGUUGUCAUCUAUGUGCUAUAUUGUAGAUUUCAAACAAUAAAUAAAUUGAUCGGUCAAUUGGAUCAGUUGGAUGCGCAACAGAUAGCGUUCCAGAUUAGACGCAUCAGAGAAUUGCAUAAUGGUAUUUGUGGACACAUCAUCAUGAUAAAUGAUAUUCAUGGUGUUCAUCUUCUACUCUCGUCGAUGGAUUGCUUUGCCAAAGUUGUGACUUUAUUAUACCAACUCUACGUAUGUGCCAUGGUUUAUAAAUGCAUUAUUAUGACUGACAUAUAUUUAUAUUCUAUAUACACGUUGUAUGUCAUACAAUUUGGUCUAAUGUGCUGGAUUUGCACGCUUGCAUGUAAAGAAUUCCAAAAGACCGGGACAUUCUUAUACAAUAUUGACUUAAAUUCCAAAAAUUUGGAAAGAAACUGUAUCACAAAAGAGGUCAAUGAUUUUUCAAUACAGCUGCAACAGCAUCGAGUAGCAUUUACAGCCUGCGAUUUCUUUGAAGUAAACAAUGCUCUGUUCAGUCGUUUCUUCGAGGUUACCAUCACUUAUUUAAUAAUUCUAAUUCAAUUUACACCAAAAGUCGGAGUUCAUCACUUUUAUUUGGGCCGCCAAAUUUUACAUAGAGGUAUCACCCUAUUGUGACCCUAUUGUAUUUCAAACGAUAAACAAAUUGAUCGGCCAGUUGAAUGAGUUAUCCGAUGUGCUACGGAUCACGAUCAAGAUUGGACGCAUCAAAGGA